AUGCCAGAAAUACAUGGCAACGCACAGCCCAUCAGUUGCACCGUGUCUAAUGCAGUGGGUCACUUAUUCCUUUUCAAAUAUGAGUCCAAAAAUGGCAUUUUCGUGCAACAAUCCCGCUGCGCAGCCUCGGAAACUUCCUCCGCUCUCCUGCGGAAUCAGCCCCUGGCUGCGCACCGGAAGACCGCUGGUACGCUCAGGAGUACAACUACGUGGGUGGCUUUUACGAGGGCUGCAACGAAGAAAAGAUCAUGGAGGAAAUAUACAAUCACGGGUGCGGCUGCCCCCCCACAGCGUCCGCCACCUCUCUUAUACCAUUCCCGUAGGCCUGUUGUGGCGGCCCUUGACGCCCCUGACGCUCUUUUUCUUUACGAAGAUGGCUUUUUUGAUGUGAAGCCUUCUGACCACGGGAAGCUGUGCGACUCGCCCAACAAGGGGCUGACAGGUUUGUGCAGCUUUCUCUCUGGCUGUGUGCAGCAGUUUCACCCCCGCGGGACUCUACCAGGAUGGGAAUACACGAACCACGCCAUAGCGAUCGUGGGCUGGGGUGAAGACCCGUAG